AUGGAGAGACGUGAAGAUAAAUCUAAAUGUUCUACACUCUGCUUCAAGAAAUGGAUAUUAGAUAAUCUUCUCCUGAUACUGACUUUGAUUGGAGUGGUUGUCGGUUUCAUCCUUGUUCCUAUACUACAGCCUUUGGAUCUCUCCGAUAACGCCAUUAUGUGGAUUGCACUACCAGGUGAAUUGUUUAUGCGGGGACUCAAGUGUAUGGUUAUACCGGUACUUUCAACAAGUGUUAUUACAGCGACAGCGUCACUGGAACCAAAGUCUAACGGUAAGAUGAGCGGUGUUAGCUGUGCCUAUAUGGGCAGUAUGGUAUUCUUUGGUGUAGUCGUGGGUAUUAUACUAAGUGUAACAAUACAGCCCGGUAACGUCGAUUCUGACAUCACUAGUUUCGACUACAAACCUGCAUACUACGAAACCCAGGACGUGAUUGCCGACUUGUUUAGGAAUAUGAUACCAGAUAAUAUCAUCAAAGCUUGUGUACAGUCUAUACGCACGACAUAUGAGUUUCAAACCACUGACAAUAACGGCACUAAUACAACAGAGCAAGUACUGUUGUCCAAAUCGACGGACUAUGGAUUUCGUUCAAACUUACUUGGGGUUCUUAUAUUCUCUGCUGUAUUUGGUGCAGCCAUGUGUUUCCGAAAAGAAGAAACGCGCACUAUGUUUCAAUUCAUGUGGGAACUUCGAACGAUUUCGAUGGACAUACUUACAGUAUUCCUGUGGGCAUUACCAGUCGCUACAGCUAGUCUUAUCUGCAAUUCUAUGAUUCGAGUGGAUGAUAUGGCAGUCGUGUGGGAAGCUUUGGGUAAAUUUGCUGGCACCGUCAUAGCAGGACUCGCCAUUCAUAUCUUCAUUACCGUCUCAUUGACGUUCUUCAUAUUGACGAGAAAGAACCCGUUUCGUUUCCAAUUUCGAUGUCUUAAAGCUACUAUCACAGCAAUGAUUACAAAAACCAAUGCUGCCAUUCUACCGCUGAUAUUUCGAGUCUGUGAAGUCAACAACCGAAUCAACAAAACUGUCAGCAACUACGUGGUGCCGUUGAACGUGGCUUUUAAGACUGAUGGUUCAGCUCUGUUCAUCGUCAGCGCUGCUAUGUGGUUAGCUCAAAGUGAAGGAAUGUCCUUAAACGCUGGACAAGUGGUUACCAUGGGAAUUGUGUCCUGGAUAAUGGGUUUGAGUCUCCCAGCAGUGCCAAGUGCAAGUCUUGUUGCCGUGGUUACUGUAUGCAGCUCAGUUGGAAUCCCUUCGUAUAAUAUCGGUCUGUUGAUUUCCAUGGAAUGGCUAUUAGAUACUCUACGAACUGGUGUUAACUGUUCCAGUCAUUGUUGUUGUGCCGGCAUAGUUGAUAGCAUAAUGAAAAAAGGUGGUGUAGAUAGUCGAAAUAUCGAUGACCAGGACCGGGUUUCUAACGAAAAAGUGACAAUGGAUGUCAUCUGA